GUGCGCUCUUCCGUCCCACACAGGACUUCCCUGUGACUUGCUUGCAAGAGUGCAUUCACCCACCUCGCAACCACUUCACCGGACUGAAGCGCACAAGACGGCGCGCACGUUUGGUGUCCAUCGCCGACCGAAAAAAAAGCCACUUCGGAGCGGAUUUUCACUCCUCUUUUUCGCACCUGUUGAUGCAGUCCAGGCGGGUCGAUCGAGGGACGCAGAAGAGACGAGUGAUUUCGUCCCGAGAAGCAACGCGCAGAGAGGACGCAGGAGUCGGUCUGGGAGAGAAGGACUUUGUUGUUUCCACUUUCCCCAGCAGUUGCAGCCGGUGCUGGGUUGGAGGAAAAUGGGCUCUUGGAACUAUGGACUUCUGUAUUUGUUACUCUCAUGCCAGUUGAUUACUGUGAUACAGGCCUCCAAGGUGUGGGGAGAGGUCCCUUUGCCGGAUGACUUAGUGGAGCAGAAGGAUAUCCAGGCGGCGCCCAGUUUACUAGACGACGAUGAGGACUUCAUUGCUGAUGAAGCUUCCGGAGAUCUGCCCAGUGGCGAGGAUGAUGGAAGUGCACCGUGGCCUUCAGUCUCAGACAGCACAAAGCACCGGUUGGACUCUUCCUAUGUGGUGAACAUAAAGAGUGCAGUCGAGCCAGCCUACAUUUAUUACAGAGCUCUUGUCAACUUCACCGAUUCCAUCGUCUACAGCCCAGAGCUGGAGGACAUCUUCUCAUCAGCCUUUAGUGAGAUCUCCGAAGCUGUGGUAGACACGUUGGAGUCAGAGUACAACAGGAUUCCAGGUGUCCAGACAGUCAGCGUGGUCCUCAUUAAGAAGCUAGUUAGACAGGAUGGCGUCGAUGUAUUUGUGGAACUGGACGUGGGCUCGGACUACAACAGCAACAGUGAGCAGAUCCGCAGCGUGCUCUACAGCGUGGUCCAGAAUGGAGCCAUUGCCUCCUAUGUUACAUCAGUGGAGGGCUUUCAGUUCAGAGAGCUUGGGGAAGUAAUCCCUGGCAUCAGACCGUGCAUGCCCGAUGAGCACAGGUGUGGCGACGGCACUUGUAUCCUGUUGGAAUACCUGUGUGACAAUCGACCAGAUUGCCGUGAUAUGAGUGAUGAGAACGAUUGUGAUCUAAGAAGACCUGUUGCAACCACUCCCGCCCCAGCCACCACGAUCGCCGUCGUUAAACCCCCACAGCCACCCGUCAUUCCAGGAUUCUGUCGAGCGGAUCAAGCAAAAUGCCAGAGUGGAGAGUGCAUCCCGCGUGACUACAUCUGCGACGGGGAGACAGACUGCUUGGACGGAAGUGACGAGUUCCAAUGCGGAACGCCGUCGCCGUGUGAACCAAAUGAGUUUAAGUGUAAAAACGGUCGCUGCGCCCUCAAGCUCUGGCGUUGCGAUGGAGACAAUGACUGCGAUGAUAACUCGGAUGAGCUGGACUGCCCCACCAAGGGUCCAGAUGACAGGUGUGCCCCUGAGCAGUUUGAAUGCCUCAGCGACCGCACUUGCAUCCCAGCGAGUUACCAGUGUGACGAAGAGCCGGACUGUCCCGACCGUUCCGAUGAAUAUGGCUGCACUCCUCCGUCUGUGACAAGCCCACCAGAAGAAUCCAUCGAAGUUUCCCGGGGGGCCACUGUGACAUUUACCUGUCAGGCUGUUGGAGUGCCAACACCCAUCAUCACCUGGAGGCUGAACUGGGGACAUGUUCCGAUCAGCGGCAGAAUCUCCAUGACCAGUGAGAACGGUCGCGGCACGCUCACCAUCCGUGACGUGAAGGAAGCCGAUCAGGGGGCCUACACGUGCGAGGCCAUCAACGCCAAAGGUCUGGUGUUUGGUAUUCCGGAUGGAGUGCUAACGCUUACAUCCAAUCCCAACCCAGGCGACUGUCCAGACGAUAACUUUAGUGUGGGGGGCCGUUGUGUUCCUUGCUUCUGUGCUGGAAUCACCAAGAAUUGCAAGAGCACCGCACGCUUCCGCAAUCAGAUCAGUCUGCGGUUCACAGAGGAGGACGAUUUUAAAGGUGUGAAUGUCAGCUACCCAUCCAGGCCAGGCACUCCCCCUCUUUCUUCCACUCAGCUACUCAUCAACCCCGAUAUGGAAGAGUUCCAGCUCGUCGAUUUGUCACGUCGCUUUCUCAACCUGGACUCUUUCUGGACCUUGCCUCGCCAGUUUCUUGGCAACAAGAUUGAUUCCUAUGGCGGAUCGCUGAAGUACAAAGUACGCUUCAUAUUGGCCCGUGGUUUGUCUGAACCUGUGGAGAAGCCGGAUGUAAUACUUGUUGGAAAUGGGCGCAGGCUCAUAUACCGCAGGGGGGGUGCCACCCCUGCCGGCGUGGUCAACCAGCGAGAAAUCAAAUUCACCGAAGAGAACUGGCAACACUCCAGCGGACGGCAAGUAAGCCGGGAGGAACUCAUGAUGACACUGGCUGACUUGGACAGCAUCAGCAUCCGCACCAUCUACGACAACCACAUGGUCAGCGUGGCCCUCAGUGAUAUCGUUAUGGAUACCACCACUGUGGAGUUUAGUACGAAGGGUCACGCUAAGGAGGUUGAAGAGUGCAGAUGUCCGCCUGGAUACACGGGCCUGUCCUGUGAACUGUGCUCCUCUGGUUUUGAGCGUGUCCCCGGUGGCUCCUAUCUGGGCACCUGCGCCGGUUGCAACUGUAAUGGACAUGCCAGCGCCUGCGAUCCAAUCAGUGGGCACUGUCUGAGCUGCCAGCACAACACAGAAGGCCCGCAGUGUGGCAAGUGUCGCCUUGGUUACUUUGGUGACGCAAGACGAGGCCGAGCCGACGACUGCAAGCCUUGCCCUUGUCCAUACUAUGAAACCUCUCGCCGGUUCUCUGACACCUGCUUCCUUGACUCUGACCAACAACCAACAUGUGACGCGUGCAAGCCCGGCUACACGGGAAGACGCUGUGAAAAAUGCGCUGCUGGCUACCAGGGCAAUCCCCUCCUGCCAAAUGGAAAAUGUGUUCCUCACCAAACCAAGUGUGAUAACAGAGGAACCAUCAGCUCGAAUAGCAGGCCAUGCAGCUGCAAGAACUACGUGGCAGGCGCUCAAUGUGAUGAGUGCAAGGCAGGCUUCUUCCAUCUAACAGAAAACAACCCCGAGGGCUGUCUGCGUUGUUUCUGCAUGGGCAUCACCAAACAGUGUGCCAGCUCCACUUGGAGUCGAGAGCAGGUGCGAGGAGGAGUGAACGGGCAGCUGUUUACGCUCACCAACAGCGGCAACACUCGAACUAUCAGCGAGGGUAUCUCUCAGAGGGGUCCCUCAGAAGUUGUCUACCGCUCCUUUUCCAGCAUCCCCAACGACAUCUACUACUGGGUCGUGCCUGAGAGUUUCAGAGGAGAUAAGGUGACAGCCUAUGGUGGGGAGCUGCGCUACACAGUGCGUUUUGAGUCACUCCAGCGUUCCCUGGUGAUUGACGGUCAGCCAGAUGUGGUUCUCCAGGGCAAUGGCAUCUCUCUGGAACACUACUCCCCUACCAAGCCCCUACCACGUGUGCCACAAACAGUCACUGUGACGUUCAGAGAGUCUGCAUGGCGUCGUGCUGACGGGCAACCGUGCACACGGGAACACCUCCUUAUGGCUCUGGCUGAUGUGAGUGCCUUGCUUAUUAGGGCCACCUACGCUGACAACAUGGCAGAGAGCAGUAUAUCAGACAUCAAAAUGGAUAUUGCUGUUCCGCACUCAACUGGAAACCAACGUGCCCUUGAGGUGGAAGAGUGUGCAUGCCCUCAAGGAUACAGAGGACCGUCUUGCCAGGAAUGUGAAGAAGGCUACACGCGGACCGGCUCUGGUCUUUACCUGGGCACUUGUGAGAGGUGUGACUGCAACGGGUACGCCAGCGGCUGUGACCCGGAGACGGGCAGGUGUCUUCAAUGUCAACACAACACUGACGGGCCAAGGUGUGAACGGUGUCAGACUGGUUACUAUGGAAACCCAGCAGCUGGAGCUGCCCAGGCCUGCCAGCCUUGCCCUUGUCCUGGAACAGCAUCCAACAACCAAUUCUCCUCAACCUGUUAUUUGGACUCUGAUGGUCAGCCAACGUGCAGUUGUCCACCUGGAUACACUGGCCGACGCUGUGAGAGAUGCGCACAAGGAUACACGGGCAACCCAUUGCUUGGACAGAAGUGUAUUUCUGGCAACAAUUAUGUCAAUGGUAACUGCGACCGCUGCGAUCCAAGAGGAAGUGAGGGCUGUAGUGGUGGCUCUUGUCGCUGCAAAAUGAAUGUUGAAGACCCUUCGUGCUCCAGGUGCAAGCCCGGAACCUUCCAUCUUAGCCAGCAAAACAAUGAUGGUUGCCUGUCCUGCUUCUGUAUGGGUGUCACUCAGCAGUGCUCCAGCUCCAACUACUACAGAGAUCUGGUAUCAUCAAGAUUUUCUCCAGGGAACUUCCAGGGAUUCGCGCUGGUGAACCGUCAACGUACAAACCGCAUCUCCACUGGUUUCACAGUUGAGGUUUCCACUGAGGGGACUCAACUGUCUUACAGCAACUUUGACUACCUUGGACAGGAGCCCCACUACUGGCAGCUUCCUGGGGUCUUCCAGGGAGACAAGUACUCUCUGGUCUACAAAGGUUUCAGCUUGCACCAGGACGAUCUGCUCUACUGGCAGCUCCCCACACAGUUCACAGGGGAUAAGGUGGGCUCUUAUGGUGGCAAAUUGAAAUACACAAUCUCCUACGUGGCUGGAUCAAGAGGAACUCUACUUGAAGAUGCAGAUGUACAGAUUAUUGGUAAUGACAUCACUCUGGUAGCUAGACAGUCGUCGUGGCAGAGAAGGCAGCAUGGCAGCAGAGAGACGCAAGAAUUUGAGGUUGUCCUCACCGAGGAGCACUGGCGCCGUCCUGACGGCAUGCCCGCCACACGAGAGCACUUGUUGAUGGUUCUGGCCGACUUGGAUGACAUCUUGAUCCGAGCGUCCUACUACACUGAGAUGCGCUCAUCCAGUAUCUCCGAAAUCAGCAUGGAAGUGGCUUUGCCCAACUACAGCGGCCUGGCGCAGGCCCUGGAGGUGGAGCAGUGCCGCUGCCCACCUGGAUACCAGGGUCUUUCCUGCCAGGACUGUGCACCCGGAUAUACUCGGACCGGUGGAGGCUUGUACCUGGGUCACUGUGAGCUGUGUGAGUGCAAUGGCCACUCAGACUCCUGUCACCCCGAGACUGGCAUCUGCACUAACUGCCUGCACAACACUCAGGGUGAGCUCUGUGAGCAGUGCGGAUCCGGCUUCUUCGGUGACCCCACCGCUGGCACACCGGAGGACUGCCAGCCCUGUGCCUGCCCUCACACUGACCCGGACAACCAAUUUUCUCCUACCUGUGAGAGCUUGGGAAAUGGAGGCUACCAGUGUACCGCCUGUCAGCCUGGAUACACUGGCCAGUACUGCGAGCGAUGUGCUCCUGGUUAUGUUGGCAACCCACAGGAGAGGCAGAAGUGUCGACCAUAUGAUGCUGCAGCGUCAUUGGUGGUGAGGGUGUAUCCAGAGAGGGUCCUGACAAGCCAGGGUGGCUCAGUCACCCUGCGGUGUCAGGUAUCCAUUUCCACUCCACACUUCUUCCACUGGUCCAGGGAGGACGGGCGGCCCAUCUCAAGCAGUGCUGAGCGACGCAGACAAGGAGCAGAAUUGUACUUCAGCAAUGUCCAGCCAAGCGAUGCCGGUGUUUACACCUGUACCUGCCGGGACCAACGCAGCACCAACAGGAGCCACGCUGAAAUUGUUGUCACAAGUGUCCCGACCAAAGCCAUUGAGGUCACAGUUGAGGAACCCAAAGCUCAAACAGUCCGGGUGGGCUCGACUGUAAACUUCAUCUGCACAGCAAGGAGCAAGUCGCCGGCCUACACGCUGGUCUGGACCCGUCUGGGUAAUGGGAAGCUUCCCAAUCGGGCGAUGGACUUCAACGGCAUCCUGACUAUUCAGAACGUGCAGCCAGAGGACGCUGGCGUGUACGUCUGCACGGGCUCCAACAUGUACGCUAUGGACGAGGGCAAUGCCAUCCUCUAUGUGCCAGAGGCCUCACAGACACAGAUGUUUUACACAGCCUAUGAAAUGUUUGAAGGACACAGAAAGCCUGCUGAGGGGGCCCAGCCUGUGGCUUCCAUCAGCCCUUCCACACUGACUGUCCAACAGGGCCAGAGAGCUGAGUUUCGCUGUACAGUAACCGGCAACCCAAAUCCUGCCAUUGAAUGGACCGGUGGUCCCGGGAACAGAAUGAGUCCCAGGGCAGUAAUCAGAGGCAACGUGUUGACCUUUACAGCAGUAGACCAGGCAGAUGAGGGGGAGUACGCCUGCAAAGCUCUGAACACCCACGGCGAACACACAGCACGGGUUUCCCUUUUUGUCAAAAGAUUGAAUGGCAAUGGACUUAGCACACAGCCCCAAGUCCAAGUUAGCCCCCAAAAUAUCGACGCCCAUGAGGGGGACACCUUGAGGUUGUACUGUCGUGCAUCAGGAUCACCAAUGCCGAAGCUCACCUGGCUUAAAAACGGGGGACAAAUCCCAUCCCAGGCCGUUCCUUCUCACGGUUUCCAACAGUUUAAAAGCAACAGUGUCGAUGUGUUACACAGACGUAAUGAGGAGCUUCAGGCCAGCAUGGACCGCACCGACAUCGGUACGCUGCUUAUCCCCAAUGUAAAAGUAUCGGAUUCAGGCACGUACAUGUGCGUAGGUAGCAACCGCGUGGGCUCGAACAGUGCACCCAUCAAGGUUUCAGUGCUCAAAGCGGAUCAAAGUUCCUCAAUUGUCAGAAUCCAGCCAUCUGAAGCAGACGUCCAUGAGGGUCACAACCUGUACCUCAAUUGUAUCGUCUCGGGAAAUCCUCCUCCCCGAGUAACUUGGACCAGAGCGAGUGGAAGCCUGUCUUCCAAACACCAGGUUGUUGGCAGUCAGCUUCGUAUCCUGUCAGCUACCCCAGAGGACUCGGGAGAGUACAUCUGUCAAGUGCAGAGUGCUCCAGGAUCACAAAUUCACCGAGCCUCUGUCUCUGUCUCGGUCACGUCGUCAUCCUCACGUCUUCAAAGUCCAAUCAUCGCCAUUGAGCCUCAUAGCGCGACAGUUCGUGUUGGCGAAUCGGCCAGCUUCAGGUGUAAAGUGUACAGCGGAGCCCAACCUGUCAGACUGGAGUGGAAACUAUCGAACAACCAACCACUGCCAGACAAUGUCAAGGUCGGCCCCGAUGGUUCUGUCAUUACCAUUGUAAAUGCACAACCCAUGAAUCAUGGUGCUUACCGCUGCGUGGCCAGCAACCCGUUUGGCAUCACCCACACUAUUAUAUCCUUGAUUGUGAAAGAGUCUCCUGUGGCCACUGUCACCCCUGUGGGGCCAGUGCACAUCAGGGUGGGCGAACCAAUUAACCUGGAGUGCCAGGCUUCAGGAGAGCCCCGCCCAUCUGUCUCAUGGCACAGGUUGGACAGCAACCGCAAGAUCAAGCUGAGCAGUCCCGUUCCCGCAGAAUCCAAUGCAGUCAUGCAGAUACUUGUGGCUCGUCCGGAAGAUAGUGGCACAUACAUGUGCGUUGCACGCAACAACGAAGGUAGCACCGAGACCAGGGUAGAAGUCAUUGUGCAGGGAAGCUCCCAAAUGCCCUCGGUGCCCAGAGUCAUCGUUCCCGAGCCGCUGAUGAUUGUGGUGGAAGGACAGACCGCAACUCUGCGCUGCGAUGCCCAUGGUUUCCCUGCCCCAACUAUUACAUGGUCAAAAUUGCGGUCACCUAUGCCUUGGAGACAUAAGGUGGUAGACGGCAACCUAGUACUGCCCGAUGUGGGACGCCAAGACUCUGGGGAAUACAUCUGCAGUGCUGUCAACAACAUGGGCACGACUGAAGUUACCAUUACGUUGGAUGUAGAAACCCCUCCGUAUGCUACUUCUGUGCCUGAUGAUGUGGCCGUGCGUGUCGGGGAGGUGAUCAGGUUGCAGUGCCUGGCUCAUGGCACUCCUCCACUGAGCUACAUUUGGAGCAAGCUAGAUGGUGCCUUGCCGCCGAGGGCCCAGGUCAGCGACGGCGAUCUCCAAAUCAAUCUGGCUACCGCGGAGGAUGCCGGGAGCUACAAGUGUGUAGCCAGCAAUAGAGUUGGCCACAGUGAAGUCGUGGCUAAAGUUACCGUCAGAUCGCCACUGGCAGUACGUGUGUCUCCACAAGUGGAGGUGAAGGCUCAGGGCAGCGCCGUGGAGUUUACAUGUUCAGCAGCUGGUGGGGUAGAGACUAAAAUUGAGUGGCUGAAAGAAGGAGGAGGCCUUCCCCUAAACCACCAUGUCAAGGACGGCGUGCUCAGGAUUGAAAACAUCGAACAGAGUAAUGAAGGUGUUUACAUCUGCAGAGCAAGCAGCAUAUAUGGUCAGGCUCAAGACGCAGCCAGGCUCACUGUCCAAGCACUGCCCAAGGUGAUGAUCAAUGUGCGCACCUCAGUUCAAACCGUCAUGAUUGGGAACUCGGUGGAGUUUGAAUGCCAGGCCGUCGGUGACCCCGAGCCCACCGUCGAGUGGAGCAAAGUGGGCGGGGCUCUCCCAACCCACAUCGCGGUGAUGGGUGGCAUGCUGAAGAUCGAGCGGGUGACUGAGGCAGACGCAGGACAGUAUCGCUGCACUGCCACCAAUGAUGUGGGCUCGGUGCAGUCCCAGGUGGUCCUCAAUGUCCAGUCACUUCCUCAAAUUUCUGCACUGCCUGAAACGAAGGAGGUGACUGUUGGGUCUGAUGCCGUCUUGCCAUGCGUGGCAUCAGGAUAUCCUGUACCUGAGAUCAAGUGGUCCAAGCUUGAAGGUGAACUACCUCCGAAGUGCUUCCAGGAAGUAAAUGUGCUGACGGUUCCUCGGGUCACGCAUAGCGAUUCAGGGACAUACGUGUGCACCGCAUCAAACAAACAGGGCAAAGUAGAAGCCUUCACCAAACUGGAUGUUCAUGAAAGAGUGAUGCCGUACUUUGCCCAGGAGCCACUGUCCUACCUCACCCUGCCCACCAUCAAAAACGCCUACAAGGCUUUCCGCAUGAAAAUCAACUUUAGGCCCGAUAAUGUUGAUGGUCUGAUAUUGUACGCGGGUAUGCUCCUUUAUAAUGGUCAGAGGAGGUCUACAGGAGCAGACUUCAUUUCUCUUGGCCUUGUAGGUGGCCGUUUAGAGUUCAGGUUUGACGUGGGUUCGGGGAUGGCCACCAUUCGUGACCCCAACCCUAUCAAGCUGGGAGAGUUUCACACAGUUGAACUGUAUCGCAACCUUACCCUGGGCUCCAUCGUGGUAGACGGAGGGGAGCCUGUCAAUGGCAGCUCACAGGGCAAGUUCAAGGGCUUGGAUUUGAACGAGGAGCUGCAUGUAGGUGGUUACCCCAACUACACUGUUCUGGCCAAAACUGCUGCCAUCAAGACUGGUUUUGUUGGAUGCAUUCGGCAGCUGGUCAUUCAAGGUGAAGAGGUGAUCUUCAAGGACAUGGACCGCAGCUCCACUGGUGUUACGAACUGUCCCACCUGCAAAAACCGUCCAUGCCAGAAUGGAGGCAGGUGCGAGGACUCGGACACCAGCUUGUAUACGUGCAGCUGUCCCAGAGGAUUCACAGGCAGCAACUGCCAGCAUCACUCAUCACUUCACUGCCACUCCGAGGCCUGUGGACCAGAUGCUACUUGCAUAAAUCGUCAAAGUGGUCUGGGCUAUGAUUGUCGCUGCCACCUGGGCAAGUUUGGAAACAAAUGCAUGGAUGGCGAAUUGGUAACCACUCCACUGUUUGACGGAGAUCAGUCAUACAUUUCCUAUCCUCCGCUGACCAAUGUCCAUGAUGACCUUCGAGUUGAACUGGAAUUCAAACCCAUUGAGAGAGAUGGUCUGAUGUUUUUCUGCGGGGGAAAAAAGAUGAAAGUGGAGGACUUUGUGGCUAUCUCCAUGGCAGAUGGACAUGUAGAGUUCAAAUAUGAACUUGGCACAGGCCAGGCCAUCCUUCGCAGUCCACAACCAGUCUCUUUGGGCCAAUGGCACAGAGUGGUGGCUGAGCGGAUCAAGCGGGAUGGUCACCUCAGAGUUGACCAUGGCCCAGUAGACAAGACGACUUCUCCCGGGAGAGCCCAGGGCCUCAAUAUCCACACCUCAAUGUUCCUGGGAGGUGUCCCCAACAUGGAGAUCCUGCCAAAGACUGCAAAUAUCAGCCAUAUGUUUGAGGGUUGUGUUGGAGAGGUCUUCAUAAACAACAAGAAGUUGGAUCUGUCGUACAGCUUUACAGAGAGUAGAGCGAUCCGCAAGUGUGUGGAUACAAGCCCUUGUGACCGCCGACCCUGCUUGAAUGGAGGCCACUGCAUGUCCAAUGCUGAGUAUGAGUACCAGUGCCUCUGUAGAGAUGGAUUUGAAGGUGAGCGUUGCGAGAUCCUGAAAGACGUGUGCCUGAGUGACUCUCAGUGCCAAAAUGGCGGCAGCUGUGUUAACGGACGCUGUGUGUGCCGCUCGGAAUUCACAGGCCUCAAUUGUGAAGAAAGCCGCGUCUCCCGCUUCCCUAAGGCCGGGUGGAAUUCAGCGGCUAGCGAAGCUAAUGAUUCCCCCUAUCAGUAUGCAGCUCAUUUUGACAACGAUGGAUAUAUUGCCCUUCAGAAAUCCAUUUUACAGAGACGUGCACAUGACGCGCCGGAGACGAUUGAAUUUGAGAUCAAUACCCUCUCCUCCGAGGGUCUGAUCCUGUGGCAGGGAGUCGAACAUGGCGAACACGGCAGAGGCAAGGACUUUAUCGCUCUCGGAAUUCGCAAUGGAUACCCCAUGUUCAGUUACCAGUUGGGCAGUGGAGAGGCCGAGAUCAUGUCACGACAGUCCAUCAAUGACGGCAAAUGGCAUAAAGUUAAAGCAGUCAGGACUGGAAAAGAUGGCUACAUCCAAAUCGAUGGAGGAGCUGCGCUCCAUGGACAGUCCAAGGGAAAAAGCAUUAUGGUCAAUACAAAAGGCCCGCUUUACCUUGGCGGAGCUCCAGACAUGGCAGCCAUGACAGGAGGGAAGUUCUCCUCUGGAAUGACAGGGUGCGUGAGGAACCUGUCCCUGAUGAACACCCGGCGAGAAGGUCAGCAGGUCCGGACCAUCGAUCUGCAAGGCCACGCAGCUCACAGUGUCAACGUGCAGCCGUGCACGUCGUAGACCACGUACACAACACACGCGUGCAAAAACAAACUCCCAAAUACUCACACGCAGUACACAAAACACACAUCAAGACCGUGGAGUGAUUGUUAUCGACACACUCGCACAGAGAGACUGACGCACGUAGAACCUUACACAAACUUGGUGCUCAGCUACUACCAAAAAUCAGACAUUGCGGCAAGAUCUUGGUGUGGAAACCACAACAAAUCAGAAAAACAUUAAAAACAUUUCUACUCUUCCUUGUUCUUUUUUUAAGUCUGGAAGAAGGAUAACAUGCAGUUUACAUACUUUGAGCAGUAGUAUUAGCCCUGAAAAAUCAGAUCCUAUGGAGUUGAAGAGGUUUUUACAGCACUGAAUUUCUAUUUAUAUGCAUAUGAAUAUUUACAAUAUUGGCGAGGGGAGGGGAACUUGCAAACUAACCGUAACUGCACUUCCUAGAAAUGGUUCUGGCAUCUAACACUGCUUCUCCAGAGGUUUUCACCAUUGUACUCCAAUGACUUGCUGAUGGCAAAGAUUUCCUUUUGCCGCUGGUGUUUGGCAUGAGUGCGUUUGUUUGCUGUGGGGACAGAGCAGGCGCUCGGAGCACGUACAGCCGCAUGCAGUUUCACGACACAACUCAGGUCAUCAGCAACAAAAAAAAUGGUCGCGCUUUGACAUUAGCUUUGGAGCACAUGUGUUGUCUCUGUCUGUUUGGCUUCUUUUUUUUUUCCUUCAAUGCGAAAAAGAAGGCUUGGUGCUAAAUGACGUCAGACACUAGCAUACAGCAGAGGCUGUAGUCAUGGUUACAUUUUAUUUUAUUUUUUUUUUUAAGGUCAAUAAGAUUCAUAAAUGCUAGCGAUGAUUUAGCAUUAUUUGGUAAUGGUGACCGUCAAGUAAAAUGAUGUUAUCUGACACAAGAUGGCUUGGUUUUUGCAACAAACCAAAUAAAGUAGAUUGACUGAUUUUAAAUUGGUUAAAACAUUUCAGAAGGACAAUGGUUUCCACUUAUAUUUACUUUAGGGUGUGCUUUUUGCUUUCACAAUGAAAUGAUUGUAUGUUUUUGACACCACAGCCUUGUUUGAUUGAGUAGAUCUCAAAAAUUGAGUUUCAUAUGAUCUGUGUAGCUUAUGAAGGCCACUUGAGUCAGUCAACGGUGCGUGCCUGUUAUCCCAAAGGUGCAUUGAAAUGUUUUGUUCUUGUGAUGCUUUAGUCAAACGGAACCUUCGGUGGCAAAUGUCAGCCUGUUUUUUGGAACUUGUGUGCUUCCGAUCAGGAAUGCGCCCCCUCGCCCCUUUAUUUUCUUUUUUUUUAAAUACAACACAAUUCUUUUUUGGGGGAGGGCUUAAAGUGUUUAUAUGAGCACCAGCACCAUCUUGUAAGUUAGUGCUGCUUCAUUCUUAUUUAUUCUUCAAGUCUUUGCCUCCUUUCACUCUAUAGAUUUAGAGCAUUUUUUUUCCCUCCUCUGGGUGUCACGCGUUGCCUGCAUAUCUCCCUCAAGGUUGAGCACAUCCCCCAAUUUCCUCCCAGAAAAGUUCAGGCUACAAACUUUGGUUUUAAAAUUGCAGCAAAUUGCCAUCGUGUCUUUUUAGAAUGUGAAUAUGUGAUGUGGGCAUAGAGUCCAGGCUGAGGUCCAGUUAGGACGAUAUCAAGCUAGGUUCUGAAACUGGAUUUUCAUACAGUAUUUACACUGUUGCUAAUUGGAAGCAUUGUCAUGCGAGAUGUAUUUGUUUUUUGAAACCCAGCAUUGGUCUUUGAUUUGAGCUCUUUAUAAAAGGUGCACUUUUAGUCAGGAUGGGGUUUUUUUUCUCAACUUUCAAUGCAUUGGCUCAAGUGAUCAAAUUUUACUUCACAAUAUAUUGUUUAUGUCACGACAACCCGAUGACUCAGCGAAGCGACGUGCACCUAACCUUUGUGUUUCUUAAAUAAAAAACAAAAUUCAUGUGCUA